AAGAGCAGCCUCAGGAGUGAAUGGGUUCAGGCUCUGUCUGGGCAAAGAGGGAGGAGUGUGGAAGAAGAACACAGAAAUGACAUGGCUGCUCCACAUGGGGUUAAAACACUACACGACACCGAACACAAAUCAACAAUACAGAAACAGGCCUGACUGUAGGUGCACGUGAUGCCUGAUAAGAGUGUGGAUAAAACUACAAGCGAGAAAACUUAGUUACCCUAACAUUUAGCAUUUUGGACAUUAGAGGCUUCUGCAGCCUGCAGAUACUUUCAGAAGUGAUUCUUGCCAUGCUGGUAGAUAGGAAGCAGUCUCUGCUGACUGCAGAGGUGGGCAAGGUGAGCUUUGUCAGGGGCAGCAAGGGCAGGCUGCUUGGAAAGAGAACAAGCUGGAAGCUGAGUCACAGGAGGGCAGGCAGGGGGCAGUGGCCUCACCAACAAAGAAGCAGUCCUGAAGUACUUGAGCACAAAGAUCAGAGCAGGUCAAGGUGAGGAUUUAGAUCAGCAGGGUAUGUGACCAGAUGUGGGCACGGCUGCUUUAGCUCAGGCAGGGAUCAAGGGUGAGCCCUUUAGCUAUGAUAAGGCCAACUUUGCUACAGUUUCUCAAAGCCAGACGCCUCUAUUACUUAAGCCAGUCUGCCAGAAGGCAGAGAAUAUGCUCAGGGCCCUGUAGUUCUUCUGUCGAGCCUGCAUACAGCCAUUAUCUUGCACAGCCAUGCUUGCUCAGUGUUCGUGUGCCAGACAGCAAAGCUGUGCAUAUGGCUGUCUUGGGAGUACAACAGAAGUCUUGUGGCCUGGGUAAAGAUGAGAAGUCUUAAACUUUGACGUUUCAAACAGGCAACUGUCAAAUAUCUGUGGUGGCUGAAAAAAAAAAUCUACAUUUUUUUCAGAUCCAGGAGCAAAGCUGUGAUCCUGUUUUGGUGGAAUGUGGUAUAGGUCCUGGCAGGUAGAAGAUGAAGCAUCAUGUCCACAAGCUAUAAUGAAGUUCCUCUGACUUUUCAGUAGGUACUUGUAGCAAAAAGGAUUAAAAGGCCUAAAAGGGUAUUUCGCCAGAGCAGGAGGUAUUUCAGAUGAGGUGCACUUAAGGGCAGUGGAGGGAUAUACUCUUGUUUAUGCAUAAAGAAACAUAGAGGACUGGGAAGCAGUUCAUGGGGGAGAGCAUAGUCCCCUCUGGAAAUCUCAGUCCCCGUAUCUUUCCUCCCAGGUAGGUUACUGGUGAAAUGACUUGGCCUGGCCUGUGGCUGGACCAGCUGAAUUCCUCCAUCUCUUUCUGCACUUCCCAUUACCAUUGGUUUCUUCUAAUGUAGCAGAAGCCAAUAAGCAUGCUGCUUGAGACUACUGUUUCUGGUAUUGCAGACAAUAGUCUUUUCUAGGUAAAGGAUCAAGACCAGGCCCUUAAUGUGUAUCAGCAGAUCAAACUGAGCAGUAUCCCCUGAACAUUUAUGUUCCACAUAGUAGAUCAGCUGAUUUCCUUAGGCUUUUGGGAAUACCUGCCCUCAGUCUGAGAGGGACUAGUCAAAGAGGCAAAAAAGUUCAUGCCAGUUGAGAGGCAGACUGUAGCAAAUAUAGUCAGGAAAGAAGUGUCAAAGGGAAGAUCCCAGUUUCAUCUGGUUUUUGGUGGUUUCUUCUGUGAGAGCUGUAGUUGAGGUGGGAUGUGUUUCUCACCCCCUUUUCCCAUUAAUUAUGUUCUACAUUCUGUGCCUUAUGUCUCACAGUCGUUGAGCAAUUGUUCCUACCACAGCCACACCAUGUGAAUUUCAGACACAAACUUUCUAGACUUCACAAAGCCUUGAUUCUGUGUGUGGACUCCUGAAGAAAUGGAGAGGAAGAGUUGUCCUUCCAAAUAAAAACAAAACAGGAAACCAAAAACCCCAAAGUCUUCCUGAACAUUGGUAAUGAAACAGAAUCUGAAUCUGAACUCAACCUGUUAAAUCAGCAUAAAUCUACUAAGUUCUUGGAGGGAGAAUAGCUGGGCUGGUAAUGCAUAGAACUGGAGCCCUGGGGCCUAAGUAGUUAACACACGUAAUGCCUCAAGGUCUGGGCAAUAUGUUGAGUGCUCAUUGCAUUAUGUGAACAAUAGACUCUCACUCUAGAGACUGUUACUGGUUGGUCUCUUUCUUCCAAGUUAAUAUCUCUGUCCAUGCUCACAGGAAAAGGGAAAGCACGUUGCAGGAUGCAGUGCCCUUCUAGUUUGGUAGCUUAAUUUUUCCCCAUCCAGAGUUUGACAAGACAUUCCUUGAAGCUGAGCAUGGGAAGAUGGAUCAGUCAGCAACAGCUGGUCUGUGUAGUGGCUCCUGAGCAGAGCCAAGUUUUACAGCUGUCAAUGUUGGGAUCUUCUUGCAUCCCUUGUGUUUGGGGCAGGCCAGCCAGAUAACUUGCAAUAGCCUGCUUUCCGUUUUCUUUCCUAGGUAGGCAUUGUAGAACAGCAGCUCCUGAGUGCUGGGACAGAAGCAUCUGGCUUCCAUAGUAGUCUGGCUUUUUAGACCGUGAAGCAGUCUGAAGGGACAUUCCCUAAAGGAGGAAGCCGCCUGUAACUUGCAGCCUUUGUUUUGAGCCUUGUGUUCUAGGGAUGUGUGGUGCUUCCCUGCCCUCCUAGCUUGGUCUGCAAGCCUCAUCCGCGAUCGGGCGUUGGAAGUUCAGUCUCACCUGUGACCGUGUGCUGCCAUCUGCUGCUGAAACCCUUUGUUGCGGGCUUUCCUGCAAUUCCUGGGCUCAGCCACCAGCUUCAGGGGCCAGCUGGCGCCCAGGAAUCGGGGGAGUAGCGGGUGGGAUGCAGGCAGACAUCACCUGAGACUCGGCUAGCACUGGUGAGGUGCUCUCUGAAAAGAAAUCGCAGCUGCUGAUUUGUACUUUGAUAAUUUGGCAAUAACGAAUCUGGUGCUUUCAAAUGUACCCAUAUUCUGCAAUCGCAAUGCCCUCUGUGUUUCCCUGCUGCACAGAAAGCCUUGUGUGGGGCUUGGAAUCAAGCUGUGCCAGGGCAGGCACAUAUCUCCUCUUGUGGUCCAGUGUACGUACAGGUAUGUAUUUAUAUUGUCUUUGAAGUUUGGCCCAAAGGAACAGCACCCCUCCUAGUCUUUUUUAAAGUGAUGUCUAAGCAUUUGUCUGUAAGCGCAUGUUUACAGUGUUAAGCAAACUGUUUAAAGAUGUGUGGAGAUGCUAUGUCAGUAGUGCUACGCAAACCAGCACUUUGGUUAGCUGGCAGGGACAAGGUGCUGUAUUCCAACGAGCAGCAGUCCCAAGUGGGAAGGAGUAGGAGAGCAUUUUUUUGGACAAUAUGUGCUGAGGGGUUAUAGAUAUGGCAGCAUAGGCUGUAUGUCUGGCCCAGAGUUUGGGGCUGCUGUCACCAAUACCUAAAGGUGAAGUCAAUACCAUGGGUAUGUGCUGUGCCUGGAAAUGACCACUGCAUACUUUUUGGUAACAAGAAAAGCCUUUAAGCAAUACAUUCCAUACAGAGGCAGGGUUACUGUAAGCAGAUAACCUGCCCUCUGUAGCCUGGUCCAGCUCCAGAAGUAGUCCUGCUUUGAGAAAGGUUUGCACAAGAUGCCUCCAGUUUGAAGUAUUUCCUAGCACAUCUUUUGUGCCGGGUUGUGGUGGGGUGGGGCCCAUGGUGGGCCAGCAGUGUGGUGAGACAUCUGACAUGGGAGGGUGGUCAGUGGUGGGGAACACUGAGGUCUGACAGCUGUCUGUCACCUCAGGAAGGGCAGAGACUGGGCAAGGACCAGGAUAGUGUGCUGAGCCUAUCUGGUCCAGUCUUAAAAUGCUAAAUAUGUGAAUAACUGUGAACUGGAAGCAGGGUCUAAGAGACAGGCCAUGGUGCUGCAGGCCAGUGUGAGUCAUCAAGCAGCACUUUGCUCUCUGUGUCAUCCCAGUUGGCAGCUCCGGGGCCUGCAGGGAGUCAGCAGCAGGGGCCCUUUGCCCUUUGAGUCAAUGCUGGCUUCAUGCUGGAGCAGGGUACCCUGAAGUGCCAUUUGCUUGCCCUUCACUUUACUGUGUUGACUUCAGUGUCCUACUGUGGUAAAAGUCAGUGACACAGGCAUCUGGAGAGUGUGCUCUUCAAAAAAAAUUGCCCUUCACCCAUCCAACUGUGUUGACAUCUGUGUCAUGAGGAGGCUCCUGCAUACAGUUGAACCCCAAAGCUUAAGCCCUCCCUGCCUGGCAUUCAAACUUUCCUAGCAUGUUUUAGUGAAGAGGUGCCAAGGAGUGUCUGACUGAGUUGACUAUUCUCGCUGGUUUUAAUUCAGCUUUCUAUGACUGUUUAAAAUGGCCUUUGCCUUGUUGUGUCCUGACAGGACAGUGCAGAUGUGGGAGAUCUGCGCUCCUCUGGGGCAGGUGGUGUCCUCCCGCCCUGUGCUGACCAACAUGAGGUGGGCUUGGAGGCUGCAAAUGGCAUGCAGGGCUGCCUUGGCUAUGGAGUGCAGGGUAAGGGUCAGCACAGGCCAUUUACAAUCUCACUGCUACAUCUGCCCUUGGGGAUAUGAGUGGGGUGAGGGAGCUCUUCAGGACCAGGGAAGUUUGUGCUGCUAUUCCAGACCCACCUACUGGGACAACCUGACCAGGAUGGCUGUCCCCAAAACCUCUCUAUGAGAAGAUUUUACUGUGUGGAGAGGAUGUCGAGGGGAACAGCUUGAGAUCAAAAAAGAGUGGCCCUAAGAUUACAGCAUGGAUCUGUGUGACCUUACUUGAUAACCCCCAUAGUUGCUUGGUGACUGUGGUUGUUUUCCAUUUUUGUGCUUUUCUUUCCACUCCCCCCAUUCCCCAUUCAAAAGAAGGAGAUCAGGUGCAUUCACCUCACUGGGCAGAGAGUAUCCAAACUGAAUUCAAGGCUGUUGAUGAUCCUUAGAUAGAACUGGAAAUGAAGCAUGAAGAAUUGCUUCUGUGGGGAGCUGUUAUGUGGCCACAACUGUUUCAUGCAAAUCCCAUGUGCAGUUUAUUAAAGAAGAUAAACUUCACAGCCCUGCCUCUGAAACAGGCCAUUGGGGUCCAAACAGGACUUGGAUCUGGCCCAGGUUUGAAGUCAGAUGUGUAAUGCAUCUGCAAUAUCUGGCAAGUAUCUGGACCUGAUUUCCAACAAUUUCUGGCCUUGAGACUUGUGACUCUGAUCCAAAAGAGGAAGGGGGCAAAGGUGCAAUGUUCACAGUAAUGGAAUAAACCAAAGCUGUGAGAUAAAUGCAACUGUGUCCUCAGUUGGCUUUGACUGGAUAAUUUUUUUAAUUUUGUUAAUUAGGGGAAAUGAAUGAAACAUGUCCCUUCUUUUCUGAAGAAACAAGCCUAUGUUAAUGCUUUAUGUAAAGAGGCAGGUUGGGGCUUCUUGUCUCUGAAGAUUCCCUAGAUAGUGUUCUUCCUUCUCUUAUUCUUUCCCUUGCACCUGGGGGAUUUGGAUAGCCUAUCAUUACAGCUGGGCACACGACUUUUCCUUCUGGAGUCUGACUGAGUUUGAGCUCCCUCAGCUCAUUUAACUUUGGGGCAUAGCCUCUUCUGCUUGAAUAUCUCAGGUCUCACUAAAACUUGGUAGAAAUAUGUGCAGGUGAAAAAUGCGCAAACCCUUUUUGGGGGGAAACAUUUCUUUCUCAUCUCUCCUGCUUUUCUUUCCUUUCACUGUGUUCUGCAUGGUAUUGUAACCAUAGCAUUUUGGGGAGGUGCUGGUCUCUGUCUAUGUACUAGUGUCACGCUAGGUGGUUUUGCUCAGGACACCGUGUGUUGCCGCUGACUCAGGCCUGCCUGUGGUGAAGUGCUGCCACCUGCCAGAAACUAGUGUGGCUUCACAGUGCUGCCUUCUGUUUAACCCAUCCCACUCAUUGCUCUCACCUCCCUUUCUCGCUGUCCAUUCAGUACUUCCCUGUUUUCUCCACUGGAUGCUGGCUCAAAUGACCUUUUCUCUGAGCUUUCAUAGGUCUUAUAACACAUUUCUUCCUAGGUCUCCUGGCAAUCUGUGUGGAACCCUGGUUCACCUUCUGUGACUGCCUUCCAGAAGAGGUCUGUUAUCCUUGCAACUCUGGCCAGUGUCAUCAGCCUAGGUUGAGAAGGGCAUGGAAUGCCUUUCUCCCAGGUCCCAGGGGGUUGCAGUGCUCCCACACUGUCCCCUGGAGCUGGGGGAACUCAGCUCCUGCAGUAAGAACUGCAGCAUACUGUCCCUCCCUGCUUUAACCUUUUCCUUGCAGCAGGGUACACAAUGGGGUCUCUUGUUGCUAGAUCCUAUCUGACAAGCCAAAUCCCUCAGGAGCUCUCAGAGAACUUUUACUGCCUGAAUCCCUUUGAGUAAGUAUCUCACCUCCCUUAAUAACUUCUCAGUAUCUGGCCCUGAGUCCCCGUUUUCCUUGUUCCAGUGUCUUUUUAUGGUCUUUCCUUGGCUGCUCUGCUCGCUGGUUCAGAUGGAUUUUCAAAAGAAGUAAGGCAUGUGCAAUGGCACUGUCUCCUCUGCUGUCACAUGGACCUGCUUGCUAGAAAGAGCAUUAAUUCCUCUGGUGCUUUCUGUUUGGGUCAGCCAGCCAAAUGGUGCCCAUGGAGCUUGCAGAGCAACCAGCAACAGGAGCACAAGUAAGGACGAAGUACAGGACUGUUGAGGUGAACAAACACAUGAGUCCUAGAAAGGAGCUGGAUUGUGAGGCACGUGGGAGUUGGGAGUGUGGGAGAUAUGUGGCAGUGCAGAAUAGGGUUCAGCUGAAAGAUGUCUGUGGGGAAACACGGGUAUUGUUGGAGGACAAGGGGAUGGACCAGAACACAGAAGCGGGGAAAGGGAGGAACUGAGGAACAGCGGUGAGAAUGCAAGGAAAUAAACCGUGAGUUUGUUUUUUUUUUUUUAAGCAAGAUGUUAUUUUUUUAUUUUAAUUUUAUUUUAUUUUUCAGCACCACAACUAACUGCAGUGCCCAAUUGUUCCUGUCUCCCACCCAUUUACAUGCCAUCAGUGUGUAUGAAAUUCAAAGGACAAAUUUUACCCUCAGGAAUAACGCCUCACUGUUGUUGCACUCUAGCUCAGCAUUGCAUCGUAUGGAAGUAUGAUUCAGGGUUGAAUUUCGAUAGCAAGCAACAACAACUGAUGGCUGAGAAAGAAGAAUUGAGCUGUUACUGAUGUUUGAGUGCAGUCUAGUGUAGUCUAAUAAAAAGAGCAGCUACAGUCUGAAUUCACAUUUGAAAUGCCUCAGCUGUGUUUGGAGAUGUGUUUCAGUGGAAAAAACUCAUGAAGCUACUCAGUUACUUCCUUCUCUGUCUGCUGAUUGUGUUUCCUGUUUCUUCACAGUGGAAUUCUUGAAACCCUGACAGGAAGUAAGCCUUUUCCUCACGAGACUGGGUCUGUUGAACUUGGUUGGAUGGUGACAGGAGGAAUCAUGCAGAGGAUUGCUCUGAAAUCUCAACAUGAAAUUUGAGGGCUUACUAGAUUUCAACAGACACUCGGGAAGACUUAAUUCCAGUGAGAAGGCCAAGCCUGAAGACAAAGCAUAGUGCUGGAAGGAAAAGCAGGCAUAUUCUCAAGGGGCCAGGCUUCUGUUCUGCAGCUGUUCUGAUUCUUGUAUAAAAGUCACGCUCUUUGCAAACAAUACCAAAUGGAGAAGUAAAGCCAGUUUAGAGCACACAAGACAUGAGGAGGCUCCUUGAUAAAGAAAUCCAGCUACAUAUGCCCCACUCUGUUUAGGGGUAGUUCUCUGUAAUCUGUGAAUCAUAGAAUCAUAGAAUCAGCUGGGUUGGAAAACACCUCCGAGAUCAUCAAGUCCAACCCUUGAUCUAACACUGCCGGGGUUACUAGACCACGGCACUAAGUGCCACAUCCAGUCUCAUCUUAAAAACCUCCAGGGACAUAGAAUUCACCACUUCCCUGGGCAGCCCAUUCAUAGUCUGUGAAGGUCCCUUCUGACCCAAACCAUUCUGUGAUUCCUGAGUCCUAUCUGAACCCUUCUCAACCUGCCUGACUUAUUGGCAUUUCUUCUCAGAGUCUUUCUGAUCUAGCAUGUAUCUCAGCAGCCAUUUCCCUUAAUUGUCUCCUUUCAAGAUCUACCCCAGCUUGAAAUCAGACUAAACUGAAGUAGACUGACAUGUUGUCCAAGGUAAUAUCAGAGGCCUUUACCAGAAACCAGAUAAGGGAGAUAAAUUACAGUAUUGGAGCAAAAAACCAUAAACCAUCCCUUUUCAAAAGCCUCUGAAAUGGAGCCUGAAGCAAUCACUGCUCUGAACUUCCACAGGCUGUGGAAAUUCACAGGUUGUGAUAGAAAGGUCACUGUGUGGAGUCUCUCCCAAUAACCUCUCAAACCAUCAACAUAUUUUUUUUUUUAAUUCCACUUUGCUUGUUCUCCUCCCUGACCCUGGCCUCAUCCUUCUGUUUCUCUUUAGAAGUAUCAUACUUCUGAUUAUUUCUAUUCCUCUGCCUAAGGCUGCAAAUCCCUAGUCUCCUUUCUACAGGAACAUUUCCUCAUUUGAGAUUUGUUGUAAGCGCUAGCUCCUGACUGGGACUGACUUCUGAGAAUUGAGACAUAGUUGCAACGUUUGAUGUAGCAAAUGCAGCUUAAUCACAAGGGACUUGAGAGGGCAGGACGCAUUUUGUGUUGGACUGCAGGUUAAACUGGGCUAGGAGCUGUGAUAGCUGCAAACUGAGAAGCAAUAGUAGAAUUACAAACAGACAAAGGAGGGCAGGAAAAUAUGGAAAGGGGAGAAAGUUAAAUAAGAAAGGUAAAAAGACAAAAAGAAAACCCUAAAAAUAUCUUUGAAAGGAAGCCUCUCAGCUGAGAAUUGGUUAAGGGGAAGGAAGGAUGCAACUUCCUUUUCAGUUGUUAGGUUCUCUUUUUUAUUUUUAUUUGUGUCUCAGAAGUUUCCAUAGUGCCAGGGCUGAUUUUCUGGGCUAAGAAACUGAAGACCCAUAUGGAGCAUUUUUGAGCUCUCAGGAACUCUGAGGUUAUUGCCAGUGCUUCCAGCAUUUAAUGCAUCAUUCCUUUAUGGGCAGAGGGCGAGUGAGCUGAUGGGAAAGGCUCAGUAACCUAUCGGUGUCACCCCCUGGAAACAAGGACCUAAAAGGACCACGUUUUAUGUGGCAAAACUAAGGACAGGGUCAGUGGUCACGCUGUGAUUAAAUGGCAUCAGAAGUCACCUAUGCUGAGGUGAAGUUCAAGAAUGCAUCACCGACUGCAGUGAUUGAAGCACCUCCUGAGACGAAGAAGCACGAGCACCAUCCCCAGAAAUACCCACCAUGGCUCCCGUGGCUGAUCUCACUGCUGCUCCUCUUGACGUGCAUUGCCCUUGUUGUUGUUCUCCUUGUGGCUCCCUUCUCCCACAGCAGCAAGCAGCCCACAGCCCUGCAGGAGAAAUUCACGGCGUGGGAGUGCAACUCAGCGGUGUCAGAAAACAAAGGCCAAGGCUGGGUGUGCUGCCCAAAGGGUUGGAAAAGGUUUCAAAACAGCUGCUAUUUUCUGUCCCUUGAUAAGAUGCCCUGGGCUGAGAGUGAGCAGAACUGCACUGGGAUGGGCUCCCACCUGGUGGUGAUCAACAGCAGGGAAGAGCAGGUUUUCCUCUCUGAGCAGAUAAAACAAGGUACAGGAAGACCGAAUUUCUAUAUCGGUCUGAGAGCAGUGAUUAAGGAUCAGUGGCAGUGGGUGGACAAGACUCCCUAUAAUGUGACAGCAGCGUUCUGGCGAACAGGUGAACCAAGUGAGGGUGAUGAGAAGUGCGUUGCAAUACACAAGGAUUCAGAAAUACCCAACAACUGGAAUAAUGUCAGAUGUCAGCAGCAUUGGCGGAUUUGUGAAGCUGCAGCAGUAACUGUGUGAUGAAGAUACCCUCAUCCUUUGUAAAAGUGGGUGGUGAGCAGUGAGCUGGAACCGGUCUGGGCUGUGCUGGGAGGGGUGGGGAGCCCUGAAGCCUGCAUCUGCACUGUGCUGGGUGGGAUAACGGGAGGGGAAGUGAUAUGACCCUUUGUCCAGCAUCCCCAGUGCACGGAGGGGCUGAGGGAACACAUGAAGGCUGAGGGUCAUCAAAGCAGGUCCUGUGUUCUUGUGUUCUCUUCUCUCUGAGUGGGUCCAGUGGCCACUGGCAGAAAAGACAUGGAGUUCUCCAGGAAGAAGACACAGGAAUGGAAGACAGAUGUCCUGAGCUGCAAGUUUCUUUGUCUGCUUGAGCAGAAGUCUCUGCUUUCUGUGGAGUCACACAGAAUGUCCUGCACUUGCCCUGGUUUUGCUGAUCAAUGUCUGACACCUUAUGCAAGAGAAAUACAGUAUUAGACCAAUGGAAAAA